AGUAGAUCUGUGCAUGAAGGACUCUGCCGGAGACGGCAUGAGCAAUGGCCAAGAGCUCGGCGAUCCUAACUUUGUGUGGAUAAGCAAUGCAACUCCUGAACGCACAACGGACAUUACCCAUCCAGGUCAAUGCUCAGUGUUGUGUGAUCGUUGUCAGUAUUUAAGCCACGUCUCCAAGGGCACAUGAGGGGAGUGUGUGCGGAGGGCGCGGCCCAGCCUGGGUGGAAAUUUUACCUUAUACUAAUACUGAGGAAUUAUAUAAUGUUUUAUUCUUUAUUCUUUAUAUCAACCAACUGCAACGUUGUUUCAUAGAAGAGGGUGGCAAAAAAAGUAUGAUCCAUACUUGGCGACAAAAUCCCAGGCUCCGGCAACGCAAGCCUCACUUCUGGUGUGCAUCGUUUUACACGUUGGUGUUUCACGAACGGUGUGCACCUUUGUUAGAACUUGGGGAAUGUUCCAGCACUUUCUGGACACCGAAUUUAAAUGUGUCACCAUUUUCUGGACACAACUUAAAUGUUUCAUCAUUUGCUGGACACAACUUAAAUGUUUCAUCAUUUUCUGGACACAACUUAAAUGUGUCGAAAUUUUAUGGACACAGAACUUAAAUGUUUCAUCAUUUUCUGGACACAACUUAAAUGUGUCACCAUUUUCUGGACACAGAGCUUAAAUGUUUCAUCAUUUUCUGGACACAACUUAAAUAUGUCACCAUUUUCUGGACACAACUUAAAUGUUUCAUUAUUUUCUGGACACAACUUAAAUGUGUCGAAAUUUUAUGGACACAGAACUUAAAUGUUUCAUCAUUUUCUGGACACAACUUAAAUGUGUCGAAAUUUUAUGGACACAGAACUUAAAUGUUUCAUCAUUUUCUGGACACAACUUAAAUGUGUCACCAUUUUCUGUACACAACUUAAAUGUUUCAUCAUUUUCUGGACACAUCUUAAAUGUGUCGAAAUUUUAUGGACACAGAACUUAAAUGUUUCAUCAUUUUCUGGACACAACUUAAAUGUGUCGAAAUUUUAUGGACACAGAACUUAAAUGUGUCACCAUUUUCUGGACACAACUUAAAUGUUUCAUCAUUUUCUGGACACAACUUAAAUGUUUCAUCAUUUUCUGGACACAACUUAAAUGUGUCACCAUUUUAAGGACACAUAACCUAAAUGUUUCACCAAUAGUUUAUGCUCAAGGGAUCAUCCUAAAAAUUAUCGGAGUCAAGACCUAAGAUCAUUGUACCGGUAUGUUCGUCAGGGUACAGCACUUACGUCAGACCGCGUCACAGCCACAGUUUUAUUCAUUCUUCUCAUUUUUGUAAGUCGCCAUCUUUAACUCUUUCUUUAAACUCUGUCCAAUCUUUUUUACAUCCCUCUCUACCUCUCUACGCCAGGUGGUUUUUGGGGGUCCUUCCGGUCGUCCGAAUCCUUGGGAUUCCCGCACAAGUUCAUGCUUAGUCAUAUUUGGCAUAUGUUAUUAUUUUAUAUCGGACAUGUCCAUGUACACUUGCUUUUCUCAAUUUCUCGCUCCACUGGUUUUUGUGCUAACCACUCUCUCCACACUUGAUCUUAAAGAAUCUACGUAGGUAAUUUUUAACGAAGACUUAACAGUUUUUUCCCAUCUCUCUUUGUUGAUCAUCAACUCAGAACUCAUUUAACAUUCUAGUAAUAAUUCUAGUUUGUUUUUCUUUCUACUUAACUGUUCCUUUUUUUCAAGAAUAAAACUAUUUUGUGAAGCAAAAUCGGAGCCCAAAUCGUUACGAAACACACUUAUUCCUAGUUGGGUACAAUGAGCAAAGUCUCCUCGAGAUCUCCAUCUCAUAACAGCUCAGUUCUUUUGUUUUGUCUUCAUUUAUUGCAAGUCCCAUCCGUCUGGAAAUUAAAUCAAGCGCUUUAGCUUUAUCUUAUAUUUGUUUAUUUUGCCCUUUGGGAUACAUUUUUGUGUUAUCUGCUAAGUCUAAAUCUUCUAGUUGAUAAGAGAUUGAUAUCAUGUGACGAGCCACUCUUUACGGCAGACUAGUCUUUGUUGAACAUGUAAAGCGUUUUCAGUACGUCUGUACGGAGCCAUAGGGCUCUGUGACGCCUAGUCCAACUCAAUGAAAUGGGACAACAAUUUGUUGUGUUGAAAGAAAAUAAGCCUUAUAAAAACACGAUAAGAAUCGACCUCGACGUUUCUGGUUGAGCGAUUCUUCGAUUCACGCUAUCAUAUGACUAAAUGGUACAUACGAAUUAUAUUUGUUGACAGCUUUGUUUCGGGUUCAGACGCACUAACCUAAUUAGAUUUCUUGUUAUAGUAUUUAAAAGGUGAGGCCCAGCUUUUAGACACACGAACCUGUAACCUGUACCACCACAACACCUUCAACGUCCCAGAAAUGUGUUAAGGAAAACGUAUGAAUAGGUUUUGUCAAAUAGAAUAUAAUGAAAGGGUUUUUGAAUGUUCACUACCCUGGUACACACAGUAGCACUGAAAACAACUAAACUAGUACACAUAGUAGCACUUACUACUUAACUAGUACACAUAGUAGCACUGACAACGCAACUAGUACACAUAGUAGUGCUGACAACAUAACUAGUACACAUAUUAGCACUGACAACGCAACUAGUACACAUAGUAGUGCUGACAACGCAACUAGUACAUAUAAUAGCACCGACAACGCAACUAGUACACAUAGUAGCACCGACAUCGCAACUAGUACACAUAGUAGCACCGACAACGCAACUAGUACACAUAGUAGCACUGACAACGCAACUAGUACACAUAGUAGCACUGACAACGCAGCUAGUACACAUAGCAGCACUGACAACGCAACUAGUACACAUAGUAGCACUGACAACGCAACUAGUACACAUAGUAGCACUGACAACGCAACUAGUACACAUAGUAGCACUAACAACAACAUCGAUAUUAUAUCUCUUUUUUAUGUGACGGACAGAUAUUGCGUACACGAUAGAAUUGUUUAGAACUUCGCACUGAUAGUGAAUUAUUUAGAAUUAAGUACACAAAGUGAAAGAUCUAGAUUAACAUCUCGUGGUCAAAUAUCUAUAUUCUAGAAUUUGCACACACGGGGACUGACCUAGAAUAUAAUACAUGUUUUAUUGGAGGUUACAUUGGCCAAUGACCACAUGUGGCCACCGAACACAAAUAUUGGGAUCUGAUGGUUAGAGGACCAUCUGAAACGUAGGGGCGAUGUUGUUGCGCACGUCAGUCCUUAGUAGAUUUUCCUUUUGUAAAUAAUAUUUUGUAACAUUUUACAAACGCGUGCAAUCGUUAGAAAACGUUACAGCGCCUGUAACUCUUAGCACUCCGGGAAUUAAAAAAAAUUAAAUUCAAAUGUGUAAGCCAUGCGUCUGAAGCCCCCCCCCCCAAACCCCCACCAUAAAAAUUAACUCUGUCCGUCCUCUGCGAAUCAAAAAGGAUGAGAACCGCCUCUCUAAGCAAUGGUUCCAUGAGUGUUGAUGGACCACCCCAAUUAUACAAUCCGGGUCAUUUUGUUAAUUCUGGACUAUAUAAACACUCACUGAAUGAUCUAUAGAACACUUGCGUAUUUUAUGACCAAUGUAGAAAUUGGACAAAUCAUUUCAUACAGAGGCCCUGUGAUCGUGCGUAUAGAAAACUUGUAAGAAAGUCCACUCUUGAUACAGCGAAUGACUCCUGUAUUGAUUUUCAACUUCAUUCAUUUUAAAAAGGAAAACGGCUGGUCUUGUAAUUGCUGCUGAGUGUAUGGGAUAAAAUGGUGGUUGGGGAAACGGGCGAUUUCUUGUACAUAAACACGUGUCAAGGAAAAACCAUUUUCCCAAAGUGUUGUCUCGAGCGUUACGAGGGUGUAUUUGUUGAUGUGGUAAUAAAUUGCGAAAUAUUCGGUAAGGUGGUGGCGCUACAGAGGCAGUACACAAUUCGCGUCCACUUACGUUUUAGUACACAGUUUAGAUACACUUACACAUUAGUACACAAUUCAGAUACACUUACACUUUAGUGCAGAAUUCAGAUAAUAACAUUUUAGUACAAAUUCAGAUAUACUUACAUUUUAGUACAUAAUUCAGAUAAAAUUACAUUUAGUACAUAAUUCAGAUAAAAUUACAUUUAGUACAUAAUUCAGAUACAAUUGCAUCUUAUUACAUAAUUCAGAUACACUUACACCUUAGUACACAAUUCAGAUACACUUAAACCUUAGUACACAAUUCAGAUACACUUACAUCUUAGUACACAAUUCAGAUACACUUACAUUUGCUAUUGCUUUGCAAUUCAUCGUGCAACUACUUCGACCCCAUAUUAAUCGUUCCAAAGUAAUUAAUUUAGAUGUAACGUACAAACAGCAUUCAAAUCUAACACAACAAUCAAAUCUAACACAAUAAUCAAAUCUAACAUAACAAUCAAAUCUAACAUAACAAUCAAAUCUAACACAACAAUCAUGUCUAACACAACAAUCAAAUCUAACACAGCAAUCAAAUCAAACACAACAAUCAAAUCUAACUAACAUAACAAUCAAAUUUAAAACAACAAUCAAAUAUAAAACAACAAUCAAAUUUAACACAACAAUCAAAUUUAACACAACAAUUAAUCUGACACAACAAUCAAAUCUAACACAACAAUCAAAUCUAACACAAUAAUCAAAUCUAACAAUACAAUCAAAUCUAACGCAACAAUCAAAUUUAACACAACAAUCAAAUCUAACACAACAAUCAUAUCUAGAACAAACAAUCAAAUGUAAAACAAAGUCCAAUCUAAAACAAUAACAACAUCUAAAACAAUAACAACAUCUAAAACAAUAACAACAUCUAAAACAAUAACAACAUCUAAACAAUAACAACAUCUAAAACAAUAACAACAUCUAAAACAAUGACAACAUCUAAAACAAUGACAACAUCUAAAACAAUGACAACAUCUAAAACAAUAACAACAUCUAAAACAAUAACAACAUAUCACGUAAUAUGAACGUUUAUAGAUGCACUUAAUGUAUAGUUUGCCCCCCCCCCCUUCCCCCAUACAGGAAUCUGUGACCCUUGGGACUCGCCGUCUGCUUAUCCAAGCCGAUGAACCACGCCCUGUACAAA